GUAACAAUACAUUAAGCGGCUCGACCGAUACGCUUGACCCGAGGAACAAUUCAUUCACCAAAAAUCACCGGAUACGCUUGGUUAUAUCAGAGGGAAAAGAUGAAGCUGAAUCACUCGAGCUUCACCACCUUCUUCAACUUUUAACAAUUAUGGCCACUUCUGAUUCUCAGCGUCGCUGCGUAUUUGUUGGGAAUAUACCAUAUGAUGCUACUGAAGAGCAACUAAUUCAAAUCUGUGAGGAAGUUGGACCAGUUGUUUCCUUCAGAUUAGUGAUUGAUAGAGAAACUGGGAAACCAAAAGGUUAUGGAUUCUGUGAAUACAAGGAUGAAGAGACUUCCUUGAGUGCUCGUCGCAACCUUCAGGGUUACGAGAUAAAUGGACGGCAGCUAAGAGUUGAUUUUGCUGAAAAUGAUAAAAAUUCUGACAGAAAUCGUGAACAGGGUCGCGGCGGACCUGGCAUGGUCGCGAAUGCUGAUCCCAAAAAGCACAUUGGGGGAUCAGCUGUCCCUGUGGAUUCUGCACAUCAGCAGCCAUUAGGCAUGCCAGUAGCUAUGACUGCUGCAGCCGUUAUGGCGGGGGCUCUUGGAGCUUCUCAGAGUGGCAGCUCAUUCAGUCAGUCUGGAGUAGAUCCUUUAACAUUACAUAUUUCCAAAUUGUCUAGGAGCCAACUGAAUGAUGUUAUGUCUGAGUUUAAGGCAAUGUGUACACAAAACAAGGAACAGACACGCCAACUGCUGCUAGCAAUUCCAAAUUUGUCAAAAGCUCUUUUUCAGGCACAGCUAAUACUGGGAAUGGUAACUCAAUCAAUGUUGCAGACCCCAAAUAUUCGGCAGUCUGCUGUACCUCAGAUGCAGCCAUUGUUGCUAGAUAGUCAGCGAAGUCAACAACUAGCAACUCAGUCUCUUCCUGGGUUACCCCCACUUCCCCCUAGUUUACUCCCCCAGGCACGGCCUCAGAUUCAACCAGCGCAACCAGGGCAGAACCAAGUUUUGCAGAGUCUGUUGCCCACGCCUUCUAGAAUCCUUCAAUCAAUGCAACCCCAGGUCAAUGUUUCAAUUAACCCACCAGUUCAGGUGGGAACUUCCUCUGCUAUAAAGCAGCAAAUGCAGCCUUCUUUCUUACAACAAGCUGGGCCAGUUGCGUCUACGAAUUUUACAUAUAAUAAUCAGCUGGGGACAGCAAAUACAAGCUAUCCUCCUCCUCCAUCAAUGCGUCCCCCAUUAUUGGAACAAGGUUUUCAGGGAAACCCUUCAGCAGCUUCUGGGGUCUUGGAUAAUACAAAUAAAGACUCUCGACGACCACAGGCUCCUAAUAGUUCAUCUUUGAUUACCAGACCAGCUUACUCUUCAGGUUUACCUGAGGAGAAGAGGGGGGCAGCUAACAAUCUAGAUCUUCUGAGUCGGCCAUCAAAAAUGACAAGGCUAAAUGAUGGAAUUAGUUAUGCCUUGCCUGAUGCGAGUGUAUCUAUGCCCCAGUCAGGACCCUCAAUUCAAAUUUCAGUUGCAGCAGAAACGUCAAACCCUGAUAAACAAGCUAGUCAGGCGGAGCUUCCCUCAGACGUUGAGUCUGCCUUGCUGCAACAAGUACUGAGUCUCACUCCUGAACAAUUAAGUUCACUUCCACCAGAUCAGCAGCAGCAGGUGAUUCAGCUCCAACAGAUGCUUCGGCAGCCAACAUAGCCAAACCAUUUUUACGCAAAGAUGACCUCAGAUACACCUGCAAGCUGAGUUUCUUUGCCCCUCUGGAAUAUUUGUGCAGAAGGGCAUGUUGUGUCUUGGAUCAUUUUCCAUAUUGUAAAGUGAUUGAUUUCAGAAGGAUCUAGCAUAGGAUUAUCAAAUACACUAGAGUGUAUUACAUUCAUGUAACGGUUAUGAGCAGGUUGUUUUUACAAGAUAAAUGAAAGAAAAGAGGAAUUUUGUGGCUUCAGUUGUACUCUAGCAUUAGAUAUUUAAGAGGCAUCUUCUUCAUUUCCCAACUAUGUUUCAGCUGCAAGUUAUUUGUUUAGUUUUUUUGUUAAUGGAACUCCUGCCUUAGUGAUACUAAACAUAUUUAUUCCUAUUAUUGUUCUGAAGCACCCUAUAAAA